CAUUACACACUGUACACUGUUUCAUACUUCCAUAAUGGUGUAUUCGAAAUCAUAUGUUUUUGUGAGUGAUAUCUCUAUGAAUAAAUACAUCAUCAGAGCCUAAGCGAACUUGAGCAAGUCAGUCGAAUAUUAAAAGGGAAUGUGUGUCAUCAGUAAGUGGAGGAGCUUAGAACGCUUCGUCUAUGGCAGAUCCAGCUAACGCGUUCGCUGCUGCAAGCACUAGCCGCCGCAAGCGUGUGCUGCAAUCGCAGCUCAAGUCCGAGGCCAAGCGCCUACGGAAGUCCUCACUCGAAGAGUCCAGCUCGCAACCUAGAAGCAAUUGCUCCACUUCAACAAAGACAGGGGGCAGUGUAAAGGUUAAGUCAACUAAAUCCCAAACUGCUAAUAACAAACGGGAGCGGUCGAGGUCUCAAGAAGGCCCCACAUCGUCUACAUCUUCCCACAAGGACACCUCCGCACACAACAACAACAUUCUCUUUACGAGGAGAGCGUCCAGGUCGAAUCCUAUUGAUCUAACUCCUUUGGAUAUCGAGGGUCCCGAACACAAGACGAAAAAGAAACACAAAACUGACAAGGAGAAAUCCAAGCCACACAGCAAAUCCGUGGAUUUGGAAGCUUCAACGUCUUCGGAAAUCAACAUAACAAUUAAGAAAGUGAAUUCAGCAUCACAAAAACCGAAAGAAAAGACCAAGAAUAACAAGAAGAACAAGGAGUCAAAACAUCUAGACCGUAAAGCGUCCAAAGAAAAGGGAUCUGAGAGAGAUAGAAGCAGUUCUCAGGAGAAAAAGGACAAUUUGAGAAAGCACAGGAACAAAUCUAAUACUAGUUUAAGUGUUAAGUUAAAUUAUACUCUAGGCGUAGAAGAUUUUGAACCAAGUACUUCAGGUUUAAACAGUACAUAUCCACAGACGCAAGUUCACAAGUAUUCUUUAAGGAGCCAAUCAAAGUCUACAGAGAAACCUUUGAUCUCAGCUACAAUUACUAGCAACAACCAAACCAAAAACCAAUUAGGCGGGGUGGUACCACACCAGCAGCAGAACUGGAAAAGCUCGUUUUUCAGAUCUACAUUCGGCAAAAGGGAACUUGCAGCACUGGGGGCAGUGAGCAGCAACACCAGCACUUCCAGGCCUGUAGCCCUGCCAUCGCACCACAGCAACUCCAACAUUGUCCAGGAAAACGGAGCGGAGCCCUCGAGGCUCAGUCGUACGGGAGCGGUACUGCGCAGGAGCACAAGAAGCAGCAAAGGCCAAGGUACCUCAACAACGGGUUCGUGUGCCAGCAGCUCGAGCGGCGGCGCUAGCGGUGGGGGCGCGGCGAGCGGCCGAAGGUCUGUCGGGGGCGGCUCGGCCUCCGCCAGGACGCACCACCAUACCAAGGCAGCGGCUGCGGCGGCAUCAGCAGUGCCCGUGUCGACUGUAGCGGCGCAAAAUCCGCCGCCAGCGUUGCUACCCGUCCCCCAGCAGCAGCAGGGCUCGCAGAGGACCAUGGCGGCUGAUCAACCGCCAGUCGACGUGCCCAACAACGGACUGUCUGCUUCCGAUGAGCCACCGUCUCCCCAAGAAGCUACGCAGGCGGUACCGACCACAGGAGCGCCAUCCGGUCCGGGAGCCGAUUCUGAGAGCGAUGACAGCGAGGUGGGGCGUCUUCAGGCUCUGCUCGAGGCCAGGGGUUUGCCCCCGCAUUUGUUUGGGGCGCUAGGGCCUCGCAUGCAGCACCUACUUCACAGGAGCAUGGGAUCCAAUAGCUCUGUAGCAAGAGCACAGGCUCUUAUUCCUGGCCUACAAGCAUCGGGCGAUGAAGGUCAGCAACUGCAAGCUGUCAUAGAGAUGUGUCAGGUUUUGGUCAUGGGUAACGAAGAAAUUUUGACUGGGUUCCCUGUCAAGCAAGUUGUACCAGCCCUCAUCACACUCUUACAAAUGGAACACAACUUUGAUAUUAUGAAUCAUGCCUGCCGCGCUUUGACUUAUAUGAUGGAAGCUCUCCCCAGAUCUUCGACGGUUGUGGUCGAUGCCGUUCCAGUUUUCCUGGAAAAAUUACAAGUGAUUCAGUGUAUGGACGUGGCGGAACAAUCUUUGACAGCUCUCGACAUGCUGUCCAGAAGACAUUCGAAGUCAAUCUUACAAGCUAGAGGUGUAUCUGCAUGUCUGACCUACUUAGAUUUCUUCCCUAUCAAUGCUCAGCGUAACGCCUUUUCCGUAACUGCCAAUUGUUGUCUCAAUUUAACUUCAGAAGAAUUUCAAUAUGUACAGGAUUCCUUACCUCUUCUUGCCUCCAGACUGACCCAGCAAGACAAAAAGUGCGUCGAAAGCGUUUGUCUGGCAUUCUCCAGACUUGUAGAUAGUUUCCAGUUAGAACCAGCCAGAUUACAGGAAAUAGCUAGUCCAGAAUUAUUGACCAAUUUGCAACAGUUGUUAGUGGUGACGCCUCCUAUUAUUAGUACAGGGACUUUCAUUACAGUGCUGAGAAUGUUGUCUGUGAUGUGCGCUAACUGCCCUGACCUGGCACUGACGUUACUCAAACAGAGCAUAGCCGAAACUUUACUAUAUUUAUUGACCGGAUCUGCGGAAAUCAACCACGAUAUCAUUGAGCUCGUUCCUAGACAGCCGCAAGAAUUGUUUGAAAUCACUUGCUUAAUAGGAGAACUGAUGCCUAAGUUACCCACAGAUGGAAUAUUCUCUGUUGAUACACUAUUGGAGAGGCCUAUUAGUAUGGCGAAGGAUCAACCGAUUUGGCAAUGGAGAGAUGAUAGAGGUUGGUGGCAUCCAUAUGGACCAGUUGAUGGGAGAAUUAUUGAGUCUGCUCAUCAAAAUGGCGAGGAUGAAGUUAGCUUAAAUACAUUAGGUAGGAUAUAUACAAUUGACUUUCACUCCAUGCAACAAAUUAACGAAGACACGGGAACUUCGAGACCAGUUCAGAGGUUAUGCACGCCUACCAGCAAUAGGUCUAGUUCUUCUGAACCGGCUCAGUCGUCAAGCAGACCUAGUUCAGCUAGUAGGGAUGCCAGGGUUGCUUGUUUGAGGGAAGAAAGAGGUUUAGCUGCAGCCUUCAUUAGAUCGCUUUUCUCAGUGUUAUACGAAGUUUAUUCUUCAAGCGCCGGGCCAGCUGUGCGAUGCAAGUGUCUAAAAGCUUUGCUCAGAAUGGUAUAUUAUGCCACGCCAGAAUUGCUAAAAGAAGUUUUAAAGAAUCAGAUCGUGAGCAGUCAUUUGGCAGGAAUGAUGGCUUCCAGCGAUUUAAGAAUUGUUGUAGGAGCUUUGCAAAUGGCCGAAAUUUUGAUGAACAAACUUCCUGAUGAGUUUGGAGUACAUUUUAGACGCGAAGGAGUUCUUCACCAAGUAAACAGGCUAGCAGAUCCGGAAGUUCCUCUUGGUGUCAGUCCUCCUAAAUCGGCAAGUUGCAGUUCCGCAUCAUUUUCCUCCACACUAGAAUCUCAACCUAGCACCUCGCAACCUUCGAGUAGUAGUCUACACGUUACCGCAAAUGGUUCAGCAUCACUUGUUGGUACUCCUUUAACUUCAACAAUUUAUUCUUCCACUCCCGACGCUCAACGCGUUCAAGACAGCGACGUACGUUCUCCUAGUCCUACAGUACGCUUAGGAGACGUGUUGAAGAGGAAAAGAGCUACUAAACGAACGAGCGGAAGUACUAGUAACCGAUCAAAGACGAGACAGGACGAUUUGCCGCUGUCUCCCUCUUUGAUGCAAGAUUUCUUCAGCAAAGCGGCGUCCUGGGCCAAUUCUACAAAUACUACGACACCAGCCAGUGGUCAAAGACCCAGGUACACUGGUUCAACAUCGAAAAGCAGUUUUUUGCAAAGCCUAAACCCGGCAAGGUGGGGAAGAAGUAUGAACUCGUCCCACGAAAGAAACUACAGCAAGGAUUCUUUAAACAACCUGUCAAAAUCCGCGUCAAAUUCUCAUAUAACCGCCGGGAACAGAGAGAAAACUAGAGCCUGGAUCAGAGAACAGGCAAAUAAGUUUAUUGAAACUUAUUCAAGCCACGAAGACGAACAACAUCCAGCAACCACCGUCUUAACUCGUCUCAAAUUCGCCAUAGAUAAGUUGCCUACAGGAAAAUGUGGAGAAGCUUUACUAGAAUUGCGAGAAAUUUUAAUAGAAUCAGACAUUUCACCCUUUGAAGUCAACUAUUCGGGCCUCAUUAAAGCUUUACUAACCUACUUGGCCGAUGUAAACGGUCCUUUUGACCGAGAUCAAAGAUUAAGGAUAUUGCUGAACGUUUUUGGUGAUUUUCCUUUGGAAUCGAACGUGCAAGAAAUCAGGAAUAUCAAUUCGACGUGGAUGAGCGCUCUGGUGGCAAAAUUAAAUGGUUGUGUAUCUCAAUUGGAGCAAUUUCCCGUCAAAGUACACGAUCUACCAGCUACUUCCGGUGCAGGCAGGGGCGGCACAAGCGCACUAAAAUUCUUCAAUACUCACCAAUUAAAAUGCAAUCUACAAAGACACCCGGAUUGUAGCAAUCUGAAGCAGUGGAAGGGCGGUACAGUCAAGAUCGAUCCUUUAGCCUUAGUUCAAGCCAUUGAACGCUACUUAGUUGUUAGAGGUUAUGGAAGACUGAGAGAUAAAGAUAGUGCGGAUAGCGAUGACGGUGACUCUGAUACUGAUAUAGAUGAUACCUUAGCUGCAGUAGGCAUAUCGCAAUCUGGGACUAGACAUAAGUUGCAAUUUUUAAUAGGAAGUAACGUUCUUCCAUAUAAUAUGACCGUAUAUCAGGCUGUGCGACAAUUUUCGAAUAACGGAAAUGACCAGAGCGAGACGGAUACGGACAAUGAGACUCCUUUGGGUAAUGCUGGAAUUUGGGUACAAACACAUGUAAUAUAUUACAGACCAUUAAAAGAGGACCCACCUGCAUCAAGUCAUAAAUCUGGUACAAGUAGUAGUUCGUGGAAUCAUUCUAGUCGAAAAGGUAAAGGAUCUUCAGGUAAAAGCACAUCAAGACGAAAAGGUGAUGAACUUUGGACUGAAGGUUUGACGCCUGCAACACAAUCUCCACUCUCGCCAUACCUAACAACUCAGCUUCCCGAAACUGUUGCCAUUGGAGACGCAUCGCUCGAAGUGCUGUGUCUUUUAAGAAUACUAAACGCCUUAAAUUUGUAUUGGGGCGCACUGUAUCCGAACGUAGAGUAUAGACCUAUUUUAUCUGUAUCCGAAUUUAUCAACGCCAAGAUUGCCGCCAAGGCUAGUAGACAGUUACAAGAUCCUCUGGUUAUCAUGACGGGCAAUUUGCCUAAUUGGCUGCACCAAAUUGCCACGGCUUGCCCGUUCCUGUUUCCAUUCGAAACCAGGCAACUGUUGUUCUAUGCUACGUCGUUCGACAGAGAUAGAGCACUGCAGAGACUGCUGGACAUGUCUCCAGAGCUGAGUUCUAGCGAUUCUCAGGAGAGAGUUACGCCACGAUUAGAUCGGCGAAAACGGACAAUUUCUCGAGAAGAUAUUUUGAAACAAGCGGAACAGGUGAUGCAGGAUCUCGCAGGUUCCAAAGCUUUAUUAGAAGUGCAAUACGAAAACGAAGUGGGUACCGGUCUAGGACCCACUCUAGAAUUUUAUGCUUUAGUUUCCAAGGAGCUUCAAAAGCACGGUUUGGACUUAUGGUAUGCUCCGAAUGCUAGUCAGAGUGAAAGCGAGUACGUGCACAAUCAGUCGGGUCUGUUUCCGGCGCCGCUGGCCAGAGGAGCGAAACUGGGACCCAUAACGAAAAUUAAGAGUAAAUUUAGGUUUUUAGGAAAGUUUAUGGCAAAGGCUGUGAUGGACUCCAGAAUGUUGGAUCUACCGUUCUCUCUUACAUUCUACCGAUGGCUAUUAGGUCACGAACACAGUCUAACGAUGGCGGAUUUAAGACAUGUAGCUCCAGAUCUAUAUAUAACCAUUCGAAAAAUGCAAGAAAUCGUUAGGGAAAGAGAUGAAAUUCUACAGAACGGAGAUUUGUCCGAAGAUGAAAAGAUGGAGCAGAUUGAGAAACUUGAAUAUGACGGUUGCUCAAUAGAAGACUUGGGUUUAGACUUUGUGGUGCCAGGGUACAAUGUGGAAUUGAUAAAGAACGGGAAAAAUACUCAUUUAACCAUCCAUAAUCUGCAUCUUUACGUGAAGGUUUUAUCACACUGGAUGUUAGUCGAGGGCGUGUCCCGUCAAAUGGAGGCGCUGCGCGAAGGAUUCGAUUCCGUCUUUCCAUCUCGAAAUUUAAGAGUCUUCCAACCCGACGAGCUCGAGCAAGUGUUUUGCGGUAGUCCGAAGGACCAUGUCGCCGGAUGGGACGUUAAAACCCUGAUGGAGUGCUGCAGACCGGAUCACGGUUACACUGCCGACUCGCGGGCCAUUCGCUUCCUGUUCGAGGUACUCAGCUCGUACGACAGAGAAGAACAAAGAAUGUUUGUGCAAUUUUUAACCGGUAGUCCCAGGUUACCAGUAGGAGGCUUCAAGUCGUUGUCUCCGCCCCUGACCGUCGUACGGAAAACACUGGAGACGAACAUGAACCCGGACGACUUCCUUCCAUCUGUGAUGACAUGCGUCAACUACCUCAAACUGCCCGACUACUCGAGCGUGGAAGUGAUGAGAGAGAAACUGAACGUGGCCGCGUCCGAGGGACAACACUCGUUCCACUUAUCUUAAAAAACCCGCGCGCCCACCAACCGCAAAUUUUAAAAUAUCUUUAAUAUAUAUAAUAUAUAUCUCAUUCUUUUAUAUAAAAAAAGAUGGUAAAAAUCAGUUAAUUAUUAUAGAGUAACGUUCAAUUUCGAUUGGCUUUUGUUUUUUUGGCACGUUUGGAAGGAAAAAAACAUAAUAGGUGGAGAUUUUUUGUGUUUUUUCGUUUAAUAAUAAUGUUUAUUUUGGGUUGAGAAAAAUUGACCAUCUUGUUUUACUGAUUUCCUGUAAAUUAAGCUUCAAAAACACUAUUACUCUGCUAGAGAUUGACUAACACUUGUUCUAUAGUUUUUUUACAAUAAAAAAAGUUCAUUGUUAUAUAUAUAUUUUUUUUUUGUUAGAAUUCUCUAUUUUUCAAUAUUUCAUAAAAACAUCUUAAUUAACAAUCGAAAAAAAACGGUGCCACAGGAACCUUUGAAAUGACAGUUGAUAAUUUUUGUAAUUCGCCCUCUUUUAUGCCCCCCAAAAAAAUAAGAAACUAAGAUAUAUUUGGAAACUUAUGCUUUUUUUCUAAAUUAAACAAUAUUUUUUUAAAAAAUCAUUGUUAAAUUUAAUUUAGACAUUCCAAUCACAAAUAUAGUAUACAAUAUUGGCAAUACGUUGGAAAAAAUGUGUCAUAGUAGUAGUUGGGAACGACAGUUAAAAAUUUUUGUUUGAUUGACCUUAUUAAAAUUUGCCAUGAAAAAUUAAAAAAAUAUAUUUAAAUCUCACAAGAAAAUAAUUUUAAUAAAACUUAUUUUUUGAAAAAAGAUUUGUGUUCGUUCAUUUUUGCCUUUUUCUAAAAUGAAUAAUAAUUUUUCAGUCAAUAAAGUCAUUGCUUAAUUUAAUUUAGAAAUUCGCCGGUUUUACUGUGGCGGCAUUUUUUUUAAGUUUGAUGAAAGUUAAUACAAAAAAUUUCAAGGAGAUGAACUUUGAACCAACCCAUUAUAAACAUAAUAUUUAAAAAAAACUUUUUAACAUAAACGACUAGAAUUGUCUUUUUUGUAUAUAAUUCAGGGCCUUCACUAAUAUUAUAUUUAUGUUCAUAUCUCUCUCGACAUAAUCCGAGCAACUUAACUGUAUAGGAAUUUAUAUUAUAGUGUGAUACAAGAAAAAACUAUUUAAACUAUUUUUUAGCCCUCCACGUACUCGGUGGUUAAAAAAGUGUCUUAUCAAAGAAAAACAAACACUUGUAAUAAAUGUGUGUGUGUUCCGUUGACUUAGUGUUUGAGUUGAUCAAAUCAAUCAUUAGUAUUUGGUUCGUUUCUAUUUUUAUUUAGUGAUCUAAUCGGAGAAGAUUAGGGGUCGCUGCUGACUGAUCUGUGCGAUGGACACUCAAAAUAUUAAUAAUUAUUACAGAAUGUUAGUGAUAUGCAUAUUUAUAUCGAUCGCAACGAACAUAUUUCUUACUGAUUUCUUUACAGAACGAAACGAUAUAGAGCCCCACGUCUAAUGAAUUACAUGUAUUACAAUACUAUGCGUUUCGUAUUUUAAGGAGAGGUAAACGUUUGUAGGAAGAUUAAGACUUAUUGUAAUAUUUUAGUUUGUUAGAUUUGAUGGUAAUUCCCCGAGAUUGUGAGGAUUCGACCGUCGAAAUACAGAGAGAGAGAGAGAGAGAAAAUCGUCGAAAUACAGAAAUAAUGGGAAAAAUAAUUUGCCAAAUGUACAGUUUCGUCGGGUCUGUGGCCUCGGCUUUAUAUAUUUAAAUAAAAAAAAUGAAUGUAGUUUUAAUUUUUAGAUUAUGUUUCAAUAAAUUUGUAUACACGAA